AUGCCACGACCCGGAAGAAAUUCUUACGACGAGCAGAAGCCUCCAUAUUCAUACAUAGCAUUAACAGCAAUGGCGAUUCAAAGCUCGGGAGAGAAAAUGCUGCCAUUAAGUGACAUUUACAGGUUUAUCAUGGACAAUUUUCCCUUCUACCGCAAAAACACACAACGCUGGCAGAAUUCCCUGCGACAUAAUCUCUCCUUCAAUGACUGCUUUAUCAAAAUCCCCCGACGACCGGACAGGCCAGGAAAGGGAUCUUACUGGGCGCUGCAUCCCAUGUGUGGGGACAUGUUUGAGAAUGGCAGUUUUCUUAGGCGUCGAAAAAGGUUCAAACUUCGGCAGAUGCAGAUGCAAAUGCAGAUGCAGAUGCAGAUGCAAGGCAGUACACCGCCCUCACCAGAAUUUAUAGACAUGAAGUCUCCAGCUACAGUUGAUACUGCCCUCUUCCUUCAAGAAGCCAUGGCAAGGGCUAGCCUUCACCAGUCAUGGUCAAAUCAAACAAGAUUUCAGCCAUACAUUCCACCACCUAAUCCAGCUACGAAACAUUCGUUUUCCAUCGAGAACCUUAUUUCGCCAGAUUACAAGUCUACUUCUAGUAUUUUAGCACCACGGCCGCUACUUCCACCUCCAUUGCCGUCAUUCGCCGCGCAGUUUUCAUCGAGUUUACCUCCAAAUCUAGUUGCUUCAUACGCUACAAGUUUAGAUUUGUCGUCAUCGUCGUCUCUUGCCAGCUCCAUCUCCUCUUUGUCAACGCUUUCUUCUCUCAGUUCUUCACCUUUCACCUCCAGUCUUAUGUCGAGAUUCUCAGCGAACUUCGACUUACUCAAGUCGUCUGCUCACGAAGCAGGAUCAAUAUCUCAUGUACCCAUCAAGCCAUCCCCUAUAAACCCCCUAAGCAUCAGUUACACGGGACAUCAUUCCUCGUUUGUACCUAGAAUAGGCUUACCAAUACCUUUGACCACGCCGUUUUCAGACAAGAUGUUUCACAUGAUGCGGCCAACUGUGACAGCGAUAAACAGAUCCAUGCCUGUGAUGCCGACACGUCCAGUCAGUGCCGAAAGUUGA